GGUCCUCAUCGGGUUCUCCUAUGGCGAAUUAUUGAAUGUCGGGGUACAUGCAGGGAUCUCAAAUGUCAGGUCCUCAAUAUCGGUUUCUCAAAGGGGUGUGUCCUUCGACAUUUGAUAGGUUGGGUCAUUACCAAAUGUCGGGUCCUUCAAUGCUGGGUUCCUAAAGGUUGUGAUCACAUACAUAUGUCGGAUUAUCGUUUUAAUUCGGUGUUUUCAAAUAUCAGGUUUUUAAAGGGAGGUUAUCACAUGUCGGUGUCCACUAAUGUCGGGUUCUCAAACGUCGGGCCUUAAAUCUCGCGUUAUUUUCAAAUUCAAAAUUACUUAACCCUAUUUUUACUUUAGGAAGGCUUUCUUUCUUCUCAUCAAAUGAGUAUUAUUCGAAAAAAAUUGUUUACUAGCUUGGCCAAAAUCCGCCCAAAUUCAGUAGCUUUAGUGGAUUCUUUUGAUUUUACUGAUAGAGAAUUACGUUCUGUACUUGGAAGGAAAGAUGGCCAAGUUUAUGAAAAUUUGCUUGAAUGGGCAAAGAAAUCGCCUUUGAAUGAGCAUGAUGUAAGGGUUCUUUAA